CGCCCCGCCCCGCGGCGCAUGCGCCCCGGCCCGCCGCCCUGCCCCGCGCGGCGGCGCCUCCACCCCCUCCCGGCCCGCACCGCACCGCACCGCAGCGCUCCCCGGCUCUCCGCGGCAGCAGCAGCGCAGGGGGGAAGCCGCAGGAGUUCCACAUCUCUCUUUCCUUCUCAAAUGAGAAUUUCAGAUGCCACAACUCUGCCAGCUCUUUAUAUUGCCUGCUUGAGUUUCUUUCCUGCUUUGGAGUUUUCGAAGAUUUACGCAGUGAAAGAAGAAACAGCCAAUGGCUUCAGAAUCCAUGGUCCCAGAGCAGGCUAAACAACAUCUGAUAAAGGGAAAAAGGCGGCAGCAACAGCAGCAGACUAGGUCUUCCAACAGUGACAGUGAAGAUGAUAUCUUCGUAUUUGAGGCAAAUGAAGCUUGGAAGGAUUUUCACAGCUCUCUUCUUCACUACUUCGAAGCUGGAGAGCUCUGCGAUGUUACACUGAAGGUUGGUUCAAAGCUUAUCUCCUGCCACAAACUAGUGCUAGCUUGUGUUAUACCUUACUUCAGAGCCAUGUUUCUUUCGGAAAUGGCUGAAGCCAAGCAGACGUUGAUUGAGAUCAGGGACUUUGAUGGCAAUGCAAUAGAAGACCUAGUGAAGUUUGUGUACUCCUCCCGGCUUACUCUGACGGUGGAUAAUGUCCAGCCUCUCUUUUAUGCUGCUUGCAUUCUUCAGGUGGAACUGGUAGCAAAGGCAUGCUGUGAAUAUAUGAAACUGCACUUCCAUCCCUCCAACUGCCUGGCAGUCAGGGCAUUUGCAGAGAGUCACAACCGCAUUGACUUGAUGGACAUGGCUGAUCAGUAUGCUUGCGAACAUUUCACAGAGGUGGUGGAGUGUGAAGACUUUGUGAGCGUGUCACCACAGCACCUCCAUAAACUCUUGUCCUCCAGUGACCUGAAUGUUGAAAAUGAAAAGCAAGUUUACAACGCUGCUAUCAAGUGGCUUCUAGCCAAUCCGCAGCAUCAUGCUACGUGGCUGGAUGAAAUACUUGCACAGGUACGGCUGCCUCUCUUGCCCAUUUGUUUCCUUAUGGGUGUUGUGGCAAAGGAAGAGAUUGUCAAGCAGAAUCUAAAAUGUAGGGAUUUGCUGGAUGAAGCAAGAAACUACCACCUUCACCUGAGCAGCAGGGCAGUGCCAGACUUUGAGUACUCCAUUCGCACAACACCAAGGAAGCAGACUGCUGGUGUGCUGUUCUGUGUCGGUGGUAGAGGCGGAUCAGGUGACCCGUUUCGCAGCAUUGAGUGUUACUCUAUCAGUAAGAACAACUGGUUCUUCGGCCCUGAAAUGAACAGCAGAAGGCGGCACGUGGGCGUGAUCUCCGUGGGAGGUAAAGUCUAUGCAGUGGGUGGACAUGAUGGAAAUGAACACUUAGGAAGCAUGGAAGUAUUUGAUCCUCUCACAAACAAGUGGAUGAUGAAGGCGUCAAUGAACACAAAGAGGAGAGGAAUUGCUCUUGCCUCCCUUGGCGGCCCCAUUUACGCAAUAGGAGGUUUAGAUGACAACACUUGCUUCAGCGAUGUGGAAAGAUACGACAUUGAUUCCGAUCGAUGGAGCGCAGUCACCCCAAUGAACACUCCCAGGGGAGGAGUGGGCUCCGUAGCCCUGGUGAACCAUGUUUAUGCUGUGGGUGGCAACGAUGGUGUAGCAUCUCUUUCCAGCGUGGAGAAAUAUGAUCCCCAUUUGGAUAAGUGGAUAGAAGUGAAAGAGAUGGGUCAGCGAAGAGCUGGCAACGGUGUCAGUGAGCUCCACGGAUGCUUGUACGUUGUCGGUGGCUUUGAUGACAACUCUCCACUGAGCUCGGUGGAGCGCUUUGACCCACGCAGUAACAAAUGGGAAUAUGUAGCAGAGCUUACAACUCCGAGGGGUGGUGUUGGCAUAGCGACGCUGAUGGGUAAAAUUUUUGCAGUUGGAGGUCAUAAUGGCAAUGUGUACCUGAAUACAGUGGAAGCAUUUGAUCCCAUAGUGAAUAGGUGGGAACUCGUUGGCUCUGUGUCCCACUGCAGGGCAGGAGCAGGCGUGGCUGUGUGCUCUUGUCUCAGCAGCCAGAUCCGGGAUAUGGGCCAAGGAUCCAGCAGCGUUGUUGACUGCAUGUGAGCUCUGCUGCCUCCUUCAAAUUCCAGAAGAAUGACGGCAGAGAGGCACUGCAGAGCUUUUAAACACCGUGUUUUGUAUGGUAGGUUGAGAAAUGAAAACAAUACGUUUUCUUUGUGAAAAUGUUACCUUCUGCAACUGUAAAGCUUUUGGUGACUUUCUGUCAAUAGUGAUACAGCAAAGCCUGUGAAAACAUGGAAUAAAAAACUCGCAGGGGAAAUCCUGCCAAGAGCUACAAUCAUCCCAUUUUUGAGAAGUUUUAAUUUCAGAAUCAUUUGAGGCAGCUGUUGCAGGGACUCAUUAUUGAACUGUAAACCAGGCACGGGGUGAGGAGAGAGCGCUGCUGUUAGUAGCACUGAGCCUUACCCCAACAGCCCUGCUGCAUGUUUUCUGGAGGAUGGGAGUGCCAUUUCAAGUAACUUAUUUUCAGGAAUGCAGUCUUAAACAUUUCCUAAUUGUACAAGGCUUUGUAACACAAAGUGUCUCAAGUUUUAAAAGGUAACAACAGCCCUGUUCAUACUACGGUAACGCAGUGGCAAUUGCAGGUACUCAAGUCUGACACCUGUCUAAGUACUUUCUCAAGCUAAUACACUUAGCUGAAAAGAUUCUUGACCUGAAUUUAGCCAUUGGAACACUGGAAUUCUCAAGUCUUCAAUAAAUUUAUACUAACUACCACCGCCCCUCCCAACAAGGGCAAGUUUCUGUUGAGAGGUCAUUCCUGAAGCAGCCAGUGUAAUUUGUCCUCCUUUGAGAUGAAAGUGUGUGAAAAUGUAGGCUUCAGUGGUGUCUGAAUCACUAUUUUUAUACAAAAUGGAAUCACAUAAUAAGAAUUGCAGUAUUUUGUAAAGACCUUUAAAUGCAACUCUAGGAGAUGACAAGUCCAAUUUCAGUAUCCAGUAGCAACUCUGUGGCAAUUCUGGCUCUCUUAAAAUAGUUAAGCCAGGAAGAUCUAGCCUCAAACCAGGCAGAUGACUUUCAAGCUUAUGCAAACCAAAGAGAAUCGGCAACAACAAGAAUUGGAAAUGAACCAGUACUUACAUCAAAAUUUGAAAUAGGAACUUAAUAGUGCUGUGUACAAAGGUGUCUUGUUAACGCAGUCAGAAACCCUGAAUUCUCAAUAAAGUCCAGCUACGAAGACUGCAGAUUCCUGUUCCUCCAUCACCUUGAACAGACCAACAACUGACAAUCCUUUGUGACCAAAGUUUCACAUUGCCAGAAUGUGCCAAGUGACAAGGGAGAGCAGCAAACUUCUCUGCCUUCAGUGCCAGGGAGGAGGCAGGAGAGUACGAGCAUAAGGCACGGUCCUGUUUUGCUGUUGAGUUACCAUCGUUUAGCUUUUCUGUUUCAAACAGCUUGCACUUUGGUAGCACCCAGGGACAAAGCGAACGGUACUGUAAAUAACGAAACAUUGCAAUAAAACAUUUGUACUUCAAA